AUAUAUUAUACAUAUAUGCGCGCGCACGUACGUGUGUAAACGCGCGCGCGCAUACACACAGGGUAUCUGAGACUACCUGUACACCUUUUUUUUAAACAAAACAUUCUAGAAAACAAAUUUGACAUAGUAACAUUUGUGCAGUCGUCUCGUGACUUUCAUCCACAGCACUAAGUUUUAAAGACUCUACGUACAAAAUAACUUAGGCAGAGUUGUCACUAUAUAUAAGAAAGAAUAAUAAUGUGCAGCUUUCAGAACAGCUAGAAGCUUUUGGUAUAAUAGAAAAAUUUGUCUGAAAAUUUCAUACAUAUGUAUAUGUGAGUGCGGAUUCGGAAGAAGUCGAUAAGUAAUAUGAAAAAAAAUUGUUUUGUUCUCGAUAUAAAAUCCAAUUCACAGAUUGAUAUUAAUAUGUGUACUUUAAUUCUGGAAAAAAAUUCCAAAUAUCUAUAAAAAAAAUAUAUACGAAAUCUCAUUAAUGAUGUGCACGAAUGACUCCACAUUAUCGACCCCGAUCAAGUUUGGGAGAGAGUCCAGCAUCUCCUUAAGUACUUUUUGAGUUAUAAGGUUUGAAAGUUCCAAUAUUCUAAUAUAAUAUUCUAACAUAAUAUUUUGUUAAAUAUUUUUUUUCUUCUCAGGAUUCGGAGUGCUUGGUUAGCCUGAAAAUAAAUAUUUAACGAAAUAUUUAUGUCAAAGUAUUGAAACUAAUGAAACUUACAAACUAGACUUAUAAAAUUCAAAAAGUAUUACUUUAUGUAUACAUAAUGAAAAAAUAUUCAAUUACAGUGUUUUGAAAAGCUCUUGAAGUAAAUUAUGCGAUGAAAAACACGUUUUAUUUAAGAAAUUGAAUGUGACCUUCAUUUAAGCUUUAAAUAACUAUUUAGAAUCGAAUCAAUGACACCAUUUUUUAUCCUAUUUUAAAACCAUAGAACUUUGUCUGAAACAUUUUUCUUUAAAAUACUUUGUUUUUGGAAAAAAGAAGUGUAUGUGUAGUCUCAGACAACCUCCCUCCCUCCCUCUCUCUUUCUCUCUCUCUCUCUCUCUCUCUCUCUCUCUCUCUCUCUCUCUCUCUCUCUCUCCCCCCUCCCCCCUUUUCUCUUGGGUGUGUGUGUGUGUGUGUGUAAUUAUAUAUAGCAAUUUUGUGUGGUUCCAGAUCUUAUUUAAAUAAAUUCGAAUAAAAACAUGAAUUUUUUUUCAGAAUUUCUAUUUGAAAAGAUUGUAGACUGUUAAAAUAACAACUUUCGUUUAUUUAACAGACGAGUUUAAUAUUUCUUAUUGUUUCUUAAUAUUUAUUAUUUUAAUCGUUUGGGAAUUAUUUGGGUAUGUUUAGGAAAAUACUCUCAUUUAGGAAAUAAUAAUUUCGUUAAAUUUAGUGAAUAAAAAUUCGGCAUUUAAUUAGCAGAUUUAAUUUUUUUAAAAUUAUUUUUUAUGUCAAUAAUUGACUCAAAAUUAUUUGGGGAACAUGUAUUGGGGAAUUUGUGAAAUUUCAAAUUUGAGAAAUAAUUUUGUUGUAAUAAUGAAAUAAAUUUAAUAUCUAUAAAUCAGUUCCACAUCAUAUUCAAAUAAAUUUUUUAUUAUUGACUGUGAAUUUGUGAUUAAAAUAUUUUAUUUUGACGCAGUUUAGACUUUAAUGUUACGCGCCUAAAUUAUAUUACAAUUAUAUAUGAUUAUUAUUAUAAAGUAGACAAUUACCAAGGUCAUUUCACAUGCUUUUCAUCAUAUGCUUCACUGUGUUCAUCGCAACGCAUGCGCAAGCCACAAAAAACGCAGCAGUUGGCUACUCAGCUGUUCGCCAGGUGAUAAAAUUGGCGGGAAACCGGCAACCAAAUUAGUGAUACACGACAUCGGCAUCCUGGAGGCUAGGACGAAGCGCAUGUCCAUGACCAAUGUAGAAUAUUAAUGAGUAUCAACACCGAUUCUUUCGUAUAAAUUUGUCUCGUGGAAUCGAGAUCACUUCUUGCCUUUUAGCCUACCAUCGUGAUGACGACACGUGUCACUGGCCUUGACAGGGAGGAGGUGUCUGAGACAACGGGAGUCCGUCGUUCGCUGCGAAACUUGCCACAGCAUCUGAAGGAAAAGUUGGAGCAAUCAAAACCUGAAAGAGAGCCCGACAUAAAAACUUUGCCUCCGAUUGUCUUCAAAGGGCAUAUUCAAUGCGCUAAUGAUUUCUAUGACUGUGCCCAGAUCUGUGAUAAUCUCAUACAAGAAGUGAAGCGCAAUGAAGAGAUCGUGCCAAUAGGUUUUGAUCUGGAAUGGCCUUUUAGCUUCCAAACUGGUAGCGGCAAAACGGCACUGGUGCAGAUUUGCCUAGAGGACAAUGUGUGUUAUCUCCUUUAUGUCUACUCGCUGAGGAAACUCCCGGCGGCAUUUGUCGAACUGUUGUCUCAUCCAAAAGUUAAGCUUGUUGGUGUCAAUAUUAAAAACGACGUGAGGAAACUCGGGAGAGACUUUAAAGAGUUUCCUGCUCAGAAAGUGGUGGAUAAUAAUUGUCUGGACUGUGGGACAUACGCUAAUCAAGUCUUGAAACGAUCUUGCCGUUGGAGUUUAGAAAAAUUGACUGCUUACUUGUUGCGGAAGAAAAUCAACAAAGAUCCUAAAGUGCGAAUGAGUAAGUGGCACAUACAACCCUUCAGCGACGCUCAGAAAAGCUACGCAGCCACGGAUGCUUACGUAUCCCUUCUACUUUAUACGACGGUUAUGGCGAUCGCCAAAAAAGGAGAACUCGAAAUGAUGAGUACUUGAAUUCUUUGAUCUAACAAAAUCCUCGCUUCCUAGUUUCAAAGAAUAUUCAAUUUAAUGUCACUAAACAUCA